CUUUUGGCCUGCUCUUGCUCGAGUCGGAGCUCUUGCCCUUCUCCUUAUGCUUGGAGUCGGACUUCUUCUCCUUGGACUUGGACUUGGACUUCUUGGUCAUGUCGCCAGCAGGUGUUUGGUUUCCGUGUCUUCGAUCGGGGAAGGCGUGGGCUGCAUUACUGGGAGGUGUUGUGUGCUCGAGUUGCAAGUUGGAGGCUCCGUUAUCUACAGGGUGUUCACGCCUACCCUUUACACCCGAGCCACAUGGCUCCUCCCCUGAACCCAAGUUUGACCACUUGUCAAUUACUG